ACAUUUUGAGUACACUAAAAGACUUUUUGAAAAAACUAUGUUGAAUGUAUGCCUACAUUUUCUCUCAAAUGUGGAGUAUCUGGUCUAAAAAUUGCAAUGAAUACAGAAUUUGUUCUUUCGGCCUUCACAAUUUUAUGUUGCACUGAAAUCAUUCUCUGUGGUAAGGUAUUAUUAAAUUUAAAAUUAUUAAAUAUACAACUUAAAUUCCAUUUUAAGCAUAUACAUCCGACUCUCUGGCGCUAAAGCCCAUGUAGGGCUUUGGCCUGCCUCACUACUUCUUCCACUCAGACCUACUAAUGCUUUUCUUAGCUUGGAUUCCCAGCUGCUGUAGAUCAUUUUCCACAUCAUCCACCCGUCUAAGCCCAAGUCUGCGUUUGAGCGGUUUUCCUCUGGGGUGUUGGUGACGCUCCCUCUUCACUCCUCUGCCAUUUGGCAUCAGUGUUUCUUUCAGAAAUUUUCCCCGGGGGGGGGGGGGCCCUUCGGUUUUUCGGGGUGGGGGGGGGGGGCCUUCAGGUUUUUUGGGGGGGAACUUCAGAUUUUUCGGGGGAGCAGUGCGAGCAGUUCCAGUUGAUUUAUUGUUGGAUAUAUUUUUGCUCCGAGGGGGGGGGGCAUUUGUCUUUCCCGGGGGCACUGCCCCCCCCCCCGGGGAUAUAGCUGAAAGAAACCUUUUUGGCAUUCUUUCUAAGUGUCCUUGCCAGCGUAGUCUACCAUUUUUUUAAAUCGUGCUACUAGCAUGGGAUCGUGACAUUAUUUAGAUUAUAUAAUUCCACGUUGGUUCGUGUUCUCCAUCCAUAUUCUUCCUUUGUUAGUCCAUAUAUUUUCCGGUGAACAUUUCUCCCCACUUUAUUUAAUACGUUUUCUGCCGUUUUUUGUUAGGGUCCUAGUUUCACUUGCGUAUGUUACACUUGGUCUGAUUACAGUUUUAUGAAUAGUUUUAUUUGUUUUUUUAUUUUAAUUUUUUAUAAAACAUUACAAAACGUUUUAAGUAUAGACAUAAGCUUUAAUUUCAUUUGCGAAUCUCAAAAUUUAACACCAUUAUUAAGCUAUUUUUACAACAAGGUUAUAUAAGGCCAUUAAUUUAAUAUCAUACAAAAGCAUAUAAUGCAACCUAAUAAAAUAUUUUAACAGUUUUUAAUGAGGUUUUUUAACGUUGGAAGCGUGGGGAUAAUAGGAACUUCAUUAGCGUUUAGUGUCGCUCUAAUUUUGUAGGAUUAAAAAAAAAAAUUUUUUAAAGAAAUUACUCACAUUUUAUUGGGCACAAUUUCUAAAUUAUAAAAUAUAGGCCUAACGUUGAUGAUAAUCACUAAAUCAUAAAUCUUUAUGAUGAAUUAUUUCAUUUGAAUAUUUUAUACGGUAUUGCAUUUUAUGAACAAGACAUCAAAUUCAUCAAUGAGAAAUAAAAUUCUUGACUAAGCCGUCAUCAAUCAUAUUUAAUCACACCCUGAAGUUAUUACUAAGUGAAAUCAAUGUGUCAACGCGUUACAGUUUUGAGCGAAAGUUCAACCACUAGCAUUGUAAGGACAAAUAUUCAAAGGAUUUAUAAAUUGACUUCCGCAUGAAACAUCGCGUUCAUUAGUCACAAUUGAUUAAAAAAAAAACACAAAAAAAAAAACAGGGCGGUGCGAAAGAGGAGCAAAGUGGCUCCCAGCCAUGGCGCCAUCUUCAGGAAAUCGUAAUAUUUCAUGCAAAAUAUAUGUAUUAAAAAAAUAAUAAUACGGUCUAUACUUUUUGGGAAGAGGGUACGUAAAUUUGGGACUCCCCCCCCCUUACCCCCCCCCCCCCCCAGCUUAAGGUUUAUGCUUGCCACGGCCCUGGUGAAGCGUGAUGCUUGAAAUGGAGGAGAGUGUAAUCAUAAUCAUAUGUUUCUUACUACAAAGUUAACUGAAUUAUAUUUGGAAAUAAAUCAUCAUGAACAUCGUGAAAUCCAUCACGUUCCAAGAAUUAUCUUCUAGUGCUAAAAGUACUUGGGUCACAUUUUUGUCAAAAUUAAUCUUAUCUGUGACCUUUUCUUAUCCGAUGUAGCUAAAUAAACAGCACACAGUUAAACACAAUAAAAUGUGCCUAAGUCUCUUAAUUUAACCAGACAAAAUAUGAAAAUGAUAAACUUUUAUAUACGAAAGGAAUAUUUGAACUUGAUGAUCUCAAAAUAAGUAUUUUAUGAAUUAAGUCUUAGUACUUUCAACACUAAGGUCUCUAUAUAAUUAAUGAACGAUACUUUCUAGUUUAAUGGUUUAACUCAGUGAUUCCCAUUCCCUUUAAGAGCUGUUUCUCCUUGAUAACAUUAUAACAUUAACUUCGUUGUGGUGACAGAUAUCCAACAUCAGGCCUGGCAAUUGAGAAUUUGGGGGAUGGGAUAGGUGGGUUGCAUUGACUGUAAUUAAUGUAGUGUAGUCAUAGCGUAGUGACAAUAACAAACUAGUCCAAUAACUUUAAAUAAUUUUUUGUUGACUUUUUAAACUAACACAUUUAACCCUGCUCAACAAAAAGAAUGUAAAGGGAACGUAACCCAAUACAGAAAACCCCCUAAAAAUCCGACGUAAAUUAGGUCAAAUAACACCUGCCUAUUUGACCUCUUGUAGCUUGCCUCAAUGCCCACCCCUUACCUUGUUUCCCCAAUUCAAUCUCAUCCAGUCUGCAACAAGCACGAACGUCCCACUUCCACCCACCCCGAAAUCCCACACCUCAAAGGAAACAGCAGCACAGCAUUUUGAAACUUAACAUUUCUUUAUGCAUGCUUUAAUUUAAAAAAAUGACACAUUCUUUUCAUUUUACCCUGAUUUUUUCAUUUAAAUGUAUUACUUGAAAUGAUAGCGAACAUCCAUCUCUUACCUCCCCCUGUGGCGGCCUACAUCCUCUCCUGCUAUUCAACCCCACCUUUUUCUUUCCCUUUAUCACUUACAACAUUCUUAUAACAUUGGUUCAGAACUUUUUUUUUUUUUUUUUAAAAGGUAAGAUUUGACAUAUUCAGUCAUCUGUAAGCGAUUUUAUGUUAUUUAAAAAUCUUAAUUUUCAGUUAGAGGCGUUUUUAAGUAUGAUUUGAAAUAUUUAAUUGGAUUUAAGCGUACGGGAUGUUUAACUUCAAAUUAUGUUUUGCUCACAAUAAUUAUAGAAUUUCCAAUUUUGAAAUACUAAAUUUUCGGUUAAAAUUAUUGGAAUAAUUUGAUUUGAAAUAUAGAUAGAUAGAAGGUUUAUAGUGAUUUAUUUAUUGUAAGUUAUGACAAAUUCCUACAUUUUCGAAAAAUAGCUACUAAAUACGUAAAAAAUAAAUUUAGAGGGAAUUCUGUGAUGAAGUUAAAAAACAAAAAAACAAAAAAAAAACAACUGCUGUAUACAUAACUGUAAUAACUUAAAACAGGCCUGAACAACAUACGGCCCGCGGGCUACUCGCGGCCCGCCAGCACCCACUUUGCGGCCCGCGCAGCAACGAAAUAUUCUUUAUUCUUAUUAUUUUCUUAAUAGCUUUCCACCCUGUCAUAUUUUCUUUUGGCCCGCACAACAUUUUCAUAAAAUAUUACGGCCCGCCUAACAUUUUGAGUUGUGCAGGCCUUUCUUAAAGCAUCAUUUUACCCACAGAGAACCUCAACAGUGCUGCAAAUGAUGAUAUAAGUGGUAAAACUACGCUGAUAGUAGCCAUAGCGCUGAGCACAGCUUUGUCCAUUUCACUAUUACUGAUGUGUGCUUGGUGUCUUCAAAAUAAAAGUGAGUAUUUUUAAAGAAUCUUGCAAUAUUUGAGUGUAACGUAUCAGAUAUAUUUUAUUUAUUUAUUUAUUUAGGCAUUUUUGUAUAGCGCUUACCUUACAGCUCUAAGAACUUUACAAUUAUUAAAAAUAUGUAAACGAUUUAAACUGCUAAAGUAAAAUAAAAAUGAAAAACCAGAGACACUAUAUGAGUAUAACAUGCAGCGGUAUAGAGCCUGCUCUCACUAUCGAGAUUUUAACUGGCGGCGCAAAACUCCACAUCUUUUAAAGUCACAUAAAAUCUUUAGCUACAUGGACAAGACACUGUUAACUGUCACGUGCCGUCAGUGUUAACAAUCAUGAAAAAUUGAAAAACUUUUAGUUUUUCAUUGGACUCUAGAAAAGUCUUGUUAGUCUGACUCACGAAAAUAAUGUAGAUCACAAGUAUAAAUGAUUGUGAUAAAUGAAUGCAAAUUAUGCUCUUUAAAAUUUUACCCUAUUAUAUUUCUCUAUUUUAUUAUAUUAAAAAAAGCAACAACUAAAUGUAUUUGUUAAAUUUUAAUAAUGUGGAGUAACAAUUUUAUUUCGAUUAAAAUCUAUUUUUAUUGAUUAAAAAGACAUUCAGAAAUACACAAAUGCAUAUUAUAAAACAGCGUGGAAGGGGUGUUAGGUAUCAUCUGCACAUAGGCUAUUGUGAAAGGGAGUUAAAAUUUGGGUAAGGUGAAUCAAGACAAGAAAGUCUAGAUUAUUACAGUGUAACAUUGUAAUUUACAUAUAACCGUUUAUUAAAAUUAUAUCUCUUUAUUUCGUAUUUAACAUAUAAGCUAAUAUGAAGUACUAGAAUAAAUGACCCGAUGUUAUCGGGAUUAUAAUGGUAGGUCAUUUGCGAUAUUUUCUACCUGCAAUUGCAAAACCACAUCACAAUUCCUAACUUUAAAAAGAAGGAUUUAUGUAAUUUUAUUUACGUUUCUAACAUCACUAACAGAGAAGUAUUUAUCUGCUAUUUAAAGUGUUGUGUGUUUUAUUAUCAAUUUAAAGAGCAAUCAAUUACAUUUUUUACUUUUACUUUAAAGAAGGGUGAAAUACUUUAUUAGUUUUGUAACGCGCUGUUCUUAAAUCAAAGAAACUUAAAAGUUUUGGAUAACUAGGCGAUUCGCGCUAUGACGUCAUUUACGUGUUUAUUAAGAAAAAAAUAAUUUUAAUUGUAUAUCGCAAUAUGAACAACGCACUAAAAACAACAGAUUUUUCUUUUUCCGAUUAAUUUGAUUACGAUGUAAUUCUUAGAUCAUAAUUUUAUAAUUUUUUUUGCUCAUUAUUUUUAAAUUCGGAUGAACUGCUUAAAAUAGUUCCUUAGUUGUUAUUUUUAAUGUAUUUGUAAUUAUUAAUAAUAAUACUUAAACUUUUAAUUAAAAAAAGCGAAUUUAAAAUAUUUUUUUGCGCAUUUAAAUUUAUUCGAUUUCCGUAAAAUAAUAGAAAACAACUAUGAUUGUUUUUAGGAAUCCGAACGUGCUUAAAAUGUAUUGGUUCUUUGGUGUUUAUGUUACUACACCUCAUUUUUACAUAUAUGUAUAUAUUUAAUAUUUAUUAGAUAGUGGUGAUGCAAACAUCAAUUCAGCAAGAAUUGGCCAUGUACAGCGAGAGUACGUUGACAAUGAACACAGAUACGUUGAAAUUAUUGACGGGAAUGGCGAUAGCAAUGUUAAUGAAGAGCUGCACACCUACGAGACGGUGGGCAGAACGAGUACGGCGACUAACAAUGGGAACAGUGCAGAUAAAAGAAACACAACAUCGAAGAACAAUGAAUAUGAAACCAUUGAAAAUGUCAUGAUUUAGGGAAGACGUAAAAUAUGAUAGAAGACUAAUAAAGAACAAUGUCCUAACAUAAAUGAAUGCUAUUGGUUUUCUUCAAUGUUUUAGGAAAGACGUGGCGCGGGAGACAGGGUUGGGGAGGGGGGGGGGCGGAAUUUUUUUCCUCAUACUGUGAAGCGACUUUUUUUUUUUCCUGCGUGGGGGGUGCCAAUAAAAAUUUUGGCCCGCCCAAUGCAAAACUAACCCUCGCUACGGACCUGAGUAACAGUAAAUAAAAAUAAAAAACAUAAAUGAAUGCUAUUGGUUUUCUUCAAUGUUUUAGGAAAGACGUGGCGCGGGAGACAGGGUUGGGGAGGGGGGGGGGCGGAAUUUUUUUCCUCAUACUGUGAAGCGACUUUUUUUUUUCCUGCGUGGAGGGUGCCAAUAAAAAUCUUGGCCCGCCCAAUGCAAAACUAACCCUAGCUACGGCACUGAGUAACAGUAAAUAAAAAUAAAUAUAUACAAUGAGGUGGAACAGGUUUUAACUAUAUUUGAAAAGAAAAUAUAAAAAAAAAUAUUUUAAAAAUACAAUUUCAUUUCAUGAAUCAAUAACAUUGCUUGAGCUACUACAUUGUAACACAUUCCAUCAACUGAACCUACCAUUGAUUAUAAAUUGUCUAGAUCAGUACAUCUUGCCUUAAUCAUAUAUUACAAUCUCUCUGAUCCUUAUGAGGAUCAAAAUUAUUUUAAUGAAUUUUACAACACUGAUUUCAAAUCCAGAAUGGAGUGUGGAUUUCUAAAUGCUGUAACACCGACUUAACAAUCUAACUCUGUUCUCUCUUUUUCUUCGCUCUUUCUCUCAGAACUUUCUUGUGAUUAUAUCUACCACUCAGUUUACCUUCAAAUACUAUUUCAAAAUCGAACACAUCUUAUUAUAUGAUAUGAAAAAAUAUAAAAACAUGAUUUACGUAUCAACAGAAGUGGAAUAAAUAUAUCUGUUUAAGGAUAUUAAUAAUUAAUUUUGUUAUUUGGCGUGUGAGAUCGUUAUAAGCAUUUCAUGGAGCUUUUCGAACUAUUCAAGUUUUCG